AUGAUUGAUGAUAAGAAUUUAAAUCGGUUUUCACCUUGUUCAGAGGAGUCGUCAAACGCCACUGCCAUGCGCCACAAUCUACAAAGCCACAUUGGUCAGGUCACCCGUGGACGGGUCUACGGGUACCUAAGAUUGGCAACUGCACAAAAGUGGCUACAGAUUCGUACCAUUUUGCGACAUAACAACUUACGAAGAGAUUACGAACUUCCUAACUAA